AUGGCGCCCCGACGCGCAGGCCAGCCCUUUCGCCGGGUAGGCAAGAACGGGAACGCAUCCUACGGCCCACGCAAGCCCAAGACAGUUGACGCCUCUACAUUACGAAGCGGAGAGGCUACUUCACAGAAUGAAAAGCUGGAAUCUACACGCCUGGCGCACCGUAUCGAUGAGACUAUGGGUUUCGCACGCUUCGAUUCGGGGAAGAAGAGAGUGGGAUGGCUCGUCAACAUGCACUCGACAACAAUCGAAGAUGAAGAUGUUCCAGGUGGCCGAGCUGGUGUUGACUUCUACUUCAUUGGCGAGGAAGGCGACACAUUUAAAGCGACCCUCGAAUACGACCCAUAUUUUCUGCUGGCGGUCAAGAAGGGGAGGGAACAGGAUGUGGAGGAAUAUUGUAAAAGAGCAUACGAGGGCCUGGUCAAGACGGUGAAGAUCAUAGAGAAAGAAGACUUGAGCAUGCCAAACCAUCUUACUGGGUACCGAAGAAAAUUUCUAAUGCUUACCUUCGCGAACGUCAGCGAUCUUCUUGCUGUGCGGAAAGGCGUUGCUCCGAUAGUAGAGAAGAACAAAAAGAACGUCAACGCUAUGGAUACAUACGCCGAGGUGGCCAACGAUUUCAUUGUAGAUAUUCGGGAAUACGAUGUUCCUUACCACGUACGAGUAGCCAUCGACAAGGACGUUCGAAUCGGAAACUGGUACACAGUUGAGGCCAAGCAUGGCGUAGUAAGCAUAACGUGUAUAGAGGAUCGCCUGACGCCUGCGGAUCCUGUGGUAAUGGCCUACGAUAUUGAAACGACGAAGCUCCCUCUGAAGUUUCCCGACGCAGCCAUUGACCAGAUCAUGAUGGUAUCGUACAUGAUUGACGGUCAGGGAUUUCUGAUUACGAACCGCGAGAUUGUCUCAGAAGAUAUCCAGGAUUUCGAAUAUACACCAAAAUCAGAAUACCACGGACCGUUCAUGAUUUUCAACGAACCAGAUGAAAAGGCCCUGCUGGAACGAUUCUUCGAACACAUUAAAAUAGCUAAGCCUACAGUCAUGGUCACGUACAACGGAGACUUCUUCGAUUGGCCUUUUGUGGAGGCAAGAGCUAGUGUCCAAGGUAUCGACAUGUACCAAGAGAUUGGGUUCAGGAAGAACAGCGAGGACAUUUAUCAGUCAGACUACUGCGCACAUAUGGACGCCUUUGCUUGGGUCAGUCGAGACAGUUAUCUUCCACAAGGUAGUCGUGGUUUGAAAGCUGUCACAAUGGCCAAAUUGGGAUACGAUCCAGACGAGCUCGACCCUGAACUCAUGACACCUUACGCAGCCGAGCGACCUCAGACUCUUGCGGAAUACUCCGUUUCCGAUGCCGUCGCAACUUACUACCUGUACAUGAAGUAUGUCCACCCCUUCAUCUUUGCGUUAUGCAAAAUCUUGCCCCUUGGACCGGACGAUGCGCUACGUAAGGGUACAGGUACUCUCUGUGAGAUGUUGUUGAUGGUGCAAGCGUACCAGAAGGGCAUUGUAUUACCAAAUAAACAUCAAGCGCCAAAAGAAGCAUUCUGGAAUGGCCAUCUGCUUGAAUCGGAAACUUACGUUGGAGGUCACGUUGAAGCUCUGGAAGCUGGCGUGUUUCGAAGCGACAUUGCGUACAAUUUUGCAGUCGAUCCUACCGCUAUCGAUGAAUUGGUCGGUGAUCUUGAUGCUGCGCUCAAGUUCAGUAUUGAGGUGGAAGAGAAGAAAAAGAUGGAGGAUGUUACCAAUUACGACGAGGUCAGGGCCGAGAUUGUCAAUAAGCUGAUGGAGCUCAAGAACACUCCAAAUCGUAGCGAGCGACCUCUUAUCUACCACUUGGAUGUUGCGUCCAUGUAUCCGAACAUCAUGACAACUAACAGGUUGCAACCCGACUCUAUGAUCAACGAGUCCAACUGCGCGGCUUGCGACUUUAACCGCCCUGGAAAGACAUGCGAUCGUCGUAUGCCAUGGGCUUGGAGAGGUGAAUAUCUCCCAGCUAAACGCGACGAGUACAACAUGGUUCGCAAUGCACUGGAGAACGAACAAUUCCCUGGAAGAUUUCCCAACUCGCCCAAGCGGUCGUUUCAAGAGCUCUCAGAAGACGAGCAAGCUGCUCUAGUCAGAAAACGCUUGACCGAUUACUCUAAGAAGAUCUACCACAAGGUUCACGAUGCGACGACAAUUGAGCGCGAGGCCAUCAUCUGUCAGCGUGAAAAUCCAUUCUACGUUGAUACUGUUAGUGGUUUCCGUGACCGACGAUACGACUUCAAGGGCAAGCAAAAGGUUUGGAAAGGCAAGACAGAAGCGCUAAAGGCGGCAGGGGCCCCGGCAGCUGAGAUUGAGGACGCGAAGAAGAUGAUUGUCUUGUUCGAUUCUAUGCAACUGGCUCACAAGGUUAUUUUGAACUCCUUCUAUGGAUACGUCAUGCGAAAGGGAUCACGCUGGUACUCUCUGGAGAUGGCUGGCGUUACCUGUUUGACUGGUGCUCGCAUCAUUCAGUUGGCGCGUUCCCUUGUCGAGCGCAUCGGUCGACCCCUGGAAUUGGAUACCGAUGGUAUUUGGGCCAUCCUACCAGCAACUUUCCCAGAAAACUUUUCUUUCAAGCUCAGCAACGGCAAGAAGCUAACCAUCUCUUACCCAUGUACCAUGUUGAACCAUCUAGUACACGCACAGUAUACCAACCACCAAUACGAGACGUUGGUAGACCCUGUGAAUUUUCGAUAUGAGAAGCACAGCGACAACUCCAUCUUCUUCGAAGUUGACGGUCCUUACAAGGCUAUGAUCUUGCCGACCUCGAAAGAAGAGGACAAGAACUUGAAGAAGCGUUAUGCUGUGUUCAAUCACGAUGGUAGUUUAGCAGAGUUGAAAGGUUUCGAAGUGAAGCGUCGUGGUGAGCUGAAGCUUAUCAAGAACUUCCAAGCUCAGAUUUUCAAGUUUUUCUUGGAAGGCACCACUCUUGAAGAGACCUACGGUGCUGUUGCCAAAGUAGCGAACAGGUGGCUCGAUAUUCUGGACACACGCGGAGCAACUUUGGCUGACGAGGAGCUGAUUGAUCUUAUCGUCGAGAACAAAAGCAUGACAAAGACACUGGAGGAGUAUGGAGCGCAAAAGUCAACCGCCAUCACAACCGCUAAGCGUCUGGCCGAGUUCCUCGGCGAGCAAAUGGUGAAAGACAAGGGAUUGAACUGCAAAUACAUUAUCUCCAAAACACCAAGAAAUGCGCCCGUUACCGAACGCGCUAUUCCCUUGUCUAUCUUUUCGGCCGAGGAAUCAGUAAAGCGAUACUUUUUAAGGAAGUGGUUGCGAGAGGAUCCAGGAGAGAUGGAUAUUCGGUCAGUUCUAGACUGGGAUUACUAUCGCGAGCGUCUGGCUUCUGUCAUCCAGAAACUCAUUACCAUCCCUGCAGCGUACCAGAAAGUUCGGAAUCCCGUUCCUAGGGUACCACAUCCCGAUUGGCUUGACCGUAGGAUACGUCAGAAGGAGGACAAGAUGCAGCAGACAAAGAUGACUGACAUGUUCAGCAAGAAGGUCCUAACCAACGGUGACGCUAAUGUCGCGAACAACAAGGUCACUGGUGAUUUAGAAGAUUUUGGCUUCGCCAAAUUGACGCAGAACCAAUCGCAGAUGAAAAAGGGAAUUGUUACUAAGAUGGUCGCAAAGCGCAAAGAACCUGAGCCUGCAGUGCCAAUUGUCGAUCCUUAUGCUGCUUUACCCAAAGUCAUGCCGAGUAUCGAUGAAGACUAUUCCGGCUGGUUGGUGUACCAGAAACAAAAAUGGAAGAUUCAACGCGAGGCACGAAAACGCCGACGCCAAUUGUUUGGAGAGAAAGCUGUUGACGCAUCUGACGCCAUUGGUAGCUUCUUCAGAAACCAGGCGCAAUCCCUCUACAUCAGCACGUGGCAACUCGUACAACUUCGGCCAACAGAAACACCGGGAGAGGUCAGAGCCUUUGUUCUCAUCGACAAGAAGAUCCAUGCUCUCAAAAUUAUCGUACCGCGACAACUGUACCUCAAUCUGAGAAGUGAAGAUCUUCCAGAUGUAUCAAUCAGUGGAUGUUCAGUAGAAAAGGUGGUCAACCAUACUUUGCCGAAUGGACAUCCUUCGAUUCAUCUGUUCAAACUCCAGAUGUCAGAGGAGACCUAUGUCCAUGAAGCUGAUAGCAUCUCGGCUCUGUUCAAUCACUCUAGUGUCGAGGGUGUCUACGAGAAGCAAGUUCCGUUGAACAUUCGGGCCAUUCUUGAACUGGGAAGCGUUUGCACAUUCGACGAGUCCCAGAAAGGUGUUCUCGGAAAAGGUCUUGAGCAUGGAUUCGACCUCUCCGCACUGCGAAAAGUGCCGACUAAGGAACCAUAUCUCGCCGAAGCACCCUUCAACUACGUGUAUCUGUACCAUGUCAGCAGCGGAGACCGUAAUAUCUAUGCCGUUUUCUCAACAUCGAAGAGCGAUGCCCACAUAAUCAUCCAGAACAAGUCCAAAGACUCGCAAGGUAUGCCGAAUGUCGAUCGUAUCUAUCGCGAUGCCCUACAACGACGAAUGGGAGACAACGACGGUGAACCAUGGCAAAACAUGAUCAAGUAUCAAGAGGACCUUCACUUCAAGACGACAACAGUGACCACCAAACGCAAAGCUCUGCUCGAGAUAGGCGAUGUCAUCAAGAGGAUGAAAUCAGAUGAGACUGGACCAAUCAUUGCCGUUAUGCAAUCUCCGAACCAGGCCCUUCUCUCACACGAUGUCCCUGCUCUGAAAGACCUGCCCAUCUUGUCACUCAACCCCGACGAGUCUGACAAACAAUUGCCACCAUUGGGCUGGCAGUCUUUUAUUGCCAAGCGACUGGUAGGACAUUACCUUGAUCUUGGGUCUUGGGUUGCUCAUCUACUGGAGCUUGCUCGCUAUGGAGACAUUCCGCUCUGCAAUCUCGAGAGUAACGACCCACGCUUCCUGAUUGAUGUCGCGUAUGCCAGAAGGCUGCAAAAAGACCGCGUGAUCUUAUGGUGGUCUGGCCAAGCGAAGCCAGAUCACGCUGGAUACGAGAAAGAUGAUGUCCUCGGACCUCUCGAGACGGUAGAAAUGCCAUCGAUCAACAACCCCGGUACCUACUCAUCUGUGUGUAUCGAUAUCAAUCUACGCAACCUGGCCAUCAACACCAUCCUGUCUUCGUCUCUUAUCAAUGAGCUUGAGGGCGCAGAUUCCGUUUCCUUCAAUCCUGCUGCACCAUCAUACGACUCGGCUAAUGAUGGGUCCAAUGUCAUCUACUCAGACAAUGCCUUUGCAAGUGCAGGUAUUACAGUCCUUCGUGAAAUGGUGAAGGCUUGGUGGGUUGAAGCUGUCCAGGCUGGCCACGGCUUUAGUAUGGCCGAUGUCAUGGUACAGCACCUUGUCCGUUGGGUCAGCAGUCCUGGAUCCUUCCUCUACGAUCGCUCUCUGCACUACUACGUCCAAAUGAUGUCGAAGAAGACACUACAGCAACUCAUGACUGACUUCAAGCGAGUGGGUUCACACAUUGUCUUUGCCAGUCCAAACCGCCUUCUCCUCCAAACAACCAAAGCUGAAAUUGGCAAUGCAUACGCCUACAGUCAGUACAUCAUCAAGACUAUCAAGGCGAAGCCACUGUUCCAGUUUAUGGAGCUUGAGAUCAAAGAGUUUUGGGAUUAUCUUGUUUGGUAUGACGAAUUCAAUUACGGAGGCAAAGGUUGCGACAAGGUGACCGAAGACGAGGUCCAACCUGUGGAGAACAUCAUGUGCUGGCAGCUUGCCCAGUUCUUGCCACAAAAAUUCCAGCCGACCUUCAACGACUGGGUCAUUGAGUUCAUUGAGCUCAUGCACUCACGUAAACGCCCAGCUAUCACUGAAGAUGGUUCGACACCACGACCAACUCAGAUCCCUCUUCGACCUUUGACUGUGGACCCCAAUGAUCAGACACAGAUACUCCCGAAGACAUUCACAAAGCCACUGUCGAAGCAGAUGAAUGCCUUUGCGAAGAAGCAGCAUGCGGAGGUGCUGGAUCCUCUAUUCGCAUCCGAAUACGUCUUCCCAGAACUUCCAGGCUCCCACCUCAAGCUCACAAACCCGGUCCUCCAACUCGUCAAGAGCAUCAUGCAGGUCCUGAGUCUGGACCGUGCGAUAUCGCUGGAAGCACGCGCGUUGCGAAAAGAACUGCUGAAUCUCUUCGAUAUACGCGAAUUCAGCGCAGAAGCAACAUUUACCAACCCAAGUGCAACACUCGUUGUUCGAGGCGUCAUCUGCGACGACUGCACAUCCUCACGCGAUCUGGAUCUCUGCCGCGACUCCUCACUUCUCCCCGUCAUCCUACCCGACAGCGACUCCGCCCCCGUCAUGCCCAAAUGGAAAUGCGACAACUGCGACUCUCCAUACGACAAGCGCUGUAUCGAAGAACAACUCGUUGGCGAGGUACAAAAAAUGGUUCUCGAAUGGUGCACACAGGACCUCAAGUGCGGAAAGUGCAAGAGGCUACGCAGCAACGAGUUUAUGGAACAUUGUGCCUGUGCGGGAGAAUGGGCGCCUACUAAGAACAAGGCUGAGAUUAAGAAAAAAAUGGGCGUUUAUGGUAACGUGGCUCGGUUCUACACCCUGGGCAUGUUGGAGGCGGUUGUGGAGGAGUGCUUAUCGAGCUUCUAG